AUGGAGGAGCAACUCGUCCAGCUCCUCGCCAAUAUCCAGCUGCCGGACCAAGGACCCCGACAACAGGCUGAAAUCGAGCUUAAGCGUGCUCGAACGAAUCCCGCGUAUCCUGUAUCACUGGCUAAGAUCGCCUCUCACACAUCUGUCAGUACUGGUGUUCGCCAGGCCGCUUUGACCUCCCUAAGGCAGUUCAUUGAAAACAACUGGGCGGUUGGCGAUCAGGACGACGAACCCAUAAUCCCGAUAGACGAUGAUACGAGAGCAGUGCUUAGGCAAUCACUGCUUGAUUUGGCAUUGAGCCAAGAGGAGGAUCGCAAGGUGAAAAUCUCGGCGAGUUACGCGGUCGGCAAGAUUGCCAUCCACGACUUCCCUGAACAAUGGCCAAACCUAUUACCCACCGUCCUCCAGACAAUCCCAUCCGGCACCGAUGCCCAGCUGCACGGAGCAUUGAGGGUCCUCGGCGACCUUGUCGAUGAGAGCUUGAGUGAGGAUCAAUUCUUCUCUAUGGCUCGUGAUAUUGCCAAGACCUUGACUGAGGUGGCCCUGAACGAGAACCGGAAACCCAUGCUUCGAGCCUUGGCUAUUUCCGUCUUCCGAUCUUGCUUCGAUUUGAUGAACAUGGUGAAGGACGACCACGCGAAGGAGGUCAAAGCAUUUGCAGAGGAGCUUCUGGCACAAUGGAACCCGUUUUUCAUCAAUGUCCUCAAGAGUCGUUUGCCCGAGGCUGAUGUGAGCACUGGAACCCAGCCCGAGAGCUGGAACCACAUAAUUGCUCUCAAGCUGCAGGUUGUCAAGACCCUGCUGCGCAUCCGCAGAGUCUUCCCGAACCUACUCCUUCCCCAGAGUACCACCUUCUUCAGCGCUGUCUGGGAAGAGCUGAACCUGUUGCAGACCCCACACGACGAGCUUUACAUCAAGACAAACGCCCAAGGCCGACUCGAGGACUCCGAUAAUCUUCCCUAUACCUUGGACUUUCUUGUUCUGGAGGAGCUCGACUUCCUUAACCAGUGCUUUCGAUCACCACCGGUCAAGGCAGAGUUGGAUGGCCACCUACAGGCCCAUGCUUCUGCUCAGGACGUACCUUGGAUGGUUGAGAUUAUGAGGAUGCUGGUGAGCUACUCACGCGUCACCCAAGAAGAGGAGGAGCUUUGGGAUAUUGACUGCUCCUUGUACCUGGCUGAAGAAACGUCAGUCACGGCCAACUACACAGCCAGAACUGCUGCCGGUGAUUUAUUGAUCAAGAUGGGAGAGUGGUUUAAUGAUAAGGCUGUUGAUGGACUGUUUGGCUUUACCAAGACCCUGUUCCCUGGUGACGGAUCCUUGUGGAGAAGCCAAGAAUCCGCUCUGUUCCUUUUCACAAUGCUCUUGAGCGACUUCCAAGACCUUAAUAAGACCAUUCCGGACGCUGUUGCUAGCGCCUAUCUUGAACUUGUCGAUUUUACCAUCAACAAACCUGAUGAGCCUCUCCUCCGUGCUCGCGGCUAUCUUGUCGCUGGUAUCAUUGGCCGUUCUUUCCAAACUCCUCCGGCUCUGUUGGACCGAAUGGUCCAUGCCAUCAAGAACGAAGAGUCGGAAGUCGUCCAAGUUGCUUGCAUCAAGGCUAUUGAAGGCUUAAUCAACUCCGGACGAGUAGGCGCCGACCGACAAGUGGCAAUCAUUACUGCUAUCCAUUCGUACAUGAAUGACAAGGACCCCGCUGAGAUGGAAGAAGCUGACGAACUCCUUGUUGUUCUUGCCGAGACGCUGCGUGCGGCAAUUGGUCUGGAUACCAAGAUUGCGCUGUCUGGCGAUAUUCAAUCCACUGACCUGUUGUUUAUGCUUGCCAAACUUGGGGCCAGCAACUUCCAGGUUACCAUGCUCAUUUCAGAGGCCUUUGAGGAUAUUGUUGGCAGCCUCUCCGACAGCGCUUCUUUCGGAGCUCUCUGUGCUCGCACCUUACCGACACUCACUGGUGCGUUCGACGUGGCCAACAUCACGGAUGACAACCCUCUGGUCACCGUGGCUACUGAGCUGCUCGCUGUUCUGGCCGAAAACGGUUCUGAGCCACUCCCCGAUGGGUUCGUGGCUGCCAUCUUCCCCAAGCUAAAUCGUCUUUUGAUGGAAUCCGACGAAGGCGAAGUCCUACGACCUGGUUCUGAGAUUGUUAAAUGGGUUCUCUCUCACGACCAUCAACAAGUGUUUAACUGGCAAGACGCAAACGGUCGAUCUGGUCUCGAGGUCUGCUUGCACAUCAUUGACCGUCUACUCGGGCCAGCCAUCGAGGAUAACUCUGCUUCUGAAGUUGGUGGACUGGCUGCGGAGCUCGUGGAGAAGGCCGGUCAGGAACGCCUUGGACCGUUCCUGCCUCAGCUUUUGCAAGCGGUGGCGAAUCGACUCGCAUCGGCCCAGGCCGCUGCUUUUAUUCAGUCUCUGAUCUUGGUGUUUGCCCGACUCUCUCUCAACGGCGCUCAGGAUGUUGUCGAGUUUCUCAGUCAGAUCCAGAUCAAUGGCGAUAGUGGACUACAGGUUGUUAUGGCUAAGUGGCUUGAGAACUCUGUUAGCUUCGCAGGGUACGAUGAAAUUAGGCAAAACGUCAUUGCUCUUUCGAAACUGUACGCCCUUAAUGACUCCCGUCUCGCCCAGAUCCAAGUCAAGGGUGACCUCAUUGUCGGGGCUGAUGACGGCAAGAUUAAGACUCGGUCACGGGCGAAGCAGAACCCCGACCAAUACACAAUCAUCCCCGCUCCCCUCAAGAUUGUCAAGGUCUUAGUCGAAGAGCUUGCAUCUGCCGCUGGUGCUGGUGCGGCUGCUAGCGCGGCUGCCGCCGCCAUUGCCGCCGCGGACUUUGAUGAGGACAACGACGAGGACGGCUGGGAGGAUGACGAUGAUACCCUCGACCUCAGCCUGGCGGCUACCAAGGCUGACCUCAUGUCUUUCAUGGAGGGUGGUCCGCAGCGACGACCAGAUGACGAAACUCAUUCGUACCUGACGGAUUUCUUCGUCCGAUGCGGGCGCGAGAACAUUGCUAGCUUCCAGGACUGGUACAAUAUGCUUUCUGAAGACGAAAAGACGAGACUCAACCAGCUUGCCGACUCUGCGGGCCAGUAA